GUUCUUCGUGGACGCUGCGAAGCUCUUUGCGUCCUACCGUGCGAGCGACGCCCCUCGAAAGCUUGCCUAUUUCCUUCGCAUCACGCCCUGCUACGACGGACUUGUCCAGAAGUUCAAGUGCCACAGCGUUGCAGCAGAUGGUGAGCUGCGAGGGCAGAUUGCUGCUGAGGCGCCCUUUUUGGCGGAGACUGGACUCCUGGAAGAGAGUGCAGUAGCUCUACUGCUGGAUAGCUUGACUGGUUUUGCACUGUGGGCUGCUGGCUACGAGGGCUUCGUCACAGCCGAGUUGACUUUCAAAGUCCAUAGAACAGUUAGAAAAGGCGACGAGCUGUUCGUCCGGGCCUGGCUGAAGCAGAGACCGACCAUCCCAGAGGACAAGCGCCUGAGGGAAUCCUCGGUACUGGGCUUUGAGCUUUUUGCGCCGCAGCCAGAUCAGGAGAGUUUCGCGGAGGAGGAGAUGGUAGGCUCCGCGGUCGAGACUGAGCCACCAUUGCCUGCAAAUUUGUCGGUCCGGGCUGAGGCCUGGGGAUGA